UCGCUCCUAGGUCUGGAUAUCACCUGUUGUUCUACAACAUGUAUUCUAGGCUGUCUCUGCAAGGUACUGGACUGUUUGUGUUUAUCUUGAGUGAUAGUGUUCUCCCGGGAUAAAACUUGGAUAUUCAUGUUUUAAGCUGUAUAAAAAGUGUUUAAGUAUCUUUUUAGAAAACUGUGCUCAUUGUUUCUGGAAAGACAUCGGGAUUUUGAUGAGCACGGUCUCAGACAACCAUGCCUGCCGUAGAUUGCCCUAUCAAAGGGUGCGACUACCAGACUCCUGACCUGGAACCAACUAUUGCGGCCGCCCUCAUAACAGCUCACAACGCUACGCACAUUUCGCGAAACACUGCUCCGAUGGUUGAAAAGGCCGAUGCAGUACCCGACGACUAUCCCAUGGGGAGUGAUCCUGCUAAUCAUCCCAGCGUCUCGAGUUAUAAAAAACAUCUAGAGCAUACAGCCACUCUGCCGACCGAUGAUGAUCUUUUCGGGGACAAGCCGAAAGCUCACGUGGUUCAUUUCGAGACCAAGCCCCUGCAGGAGCCCAAAAUCUCUACCGUCCAGAACCAAGACCCUGUCACUGCUGAAAAUCUCACCCAGAAUGAAGUUGAUGCUUAUGCUGAUGAUAACAGUCGGUGCAACAAGUUUAGCUCGUGUUGGAAGAAAUUCGCAUUUCUUUUUGCGAUCGGUGGAAUCGUUGUCCCGUUUGCUGGUUUAGUUGUGACAAUAGUGUACAUUGCUUUCGUGUGGUGAUUAUCCUAGAAAAAUCGUGUACUUCUCAUUUGAUUUCAGUCGUAACACUUGAACUGUGUAACAUUUGUACAAUUAACAGCAAAUUCUGUUUUAAAAGUCUCACUGCUGUAUCAAUAGGAAGCACUAAAACCUGUAAAUAUAACUAUAGACAAUAAUAAAAAGAUGGUUUUGUUAGGACUAGCAUUUUCUCUCACACUUUGGAAUCUAGUAUCUCAUGAAUUGUCAGAAAUGUUUUAAUUUAUCAAAAGCUGCACUCUCACACUAUACCAUCUUUACAACUUUUUUUAUGUUUUGUCUUAGAAAGAGCAUUUCUUUUUGCGUAAAUAUCUGCAAACCAAUGAUAAGAUUGCUGACAAAAAAUCAUAUCAUAGAUUUUCAUAUUUCCGUUCCAAAAUUAAUGUCUUACUAACGUUACUAACGGUUUAAGAAAAAUGCAUAAAACAUCAAUUUUUAAACUUAAAUAUAAAACUUUGCGAUCUGCUUUUUUUGUCAGCAGUCUUAUAUAACUGUAUAUAAAGUCCAUGGACUUUUGCAAAACUUGGCUCGUUCCAAGACAAAAAAUAAAAAAUGUUGUCAAAACGUUCAAUCUGUGAGAGUGCAGCUUUUGCACCGUAUGAUGAAAUAGCGAAAAAAAGACAAUUGACGAAAACUGAUAUAAACGUGGUAUCGAUGUGUACAAUGCAUUCAAACUAACUAACUGAAGUACCACAUAGUUUACAAUUAAUUUAUUUUUCGCAGUUUUUUCGUAUUUUUUUCCAAUAAAAAGGAUUACUUGGUAUGUAUACCCAGUAUAUAGCUUAUAUAUUCCAAAGGUUAAGGUUAAGCCUUCGUAGCACAGUGGAUGCAACACUGGACUGUAAUUUUGGCGACACCGGUUCGAACCCGGCCUUUCACUCGAUUUUGAUUUUUACAUUUUGGUAUUUUUUUACAACUUUGAUAUCAAAGAGUAAAACAUUUUAUUAAAAUAUUGUCAUGAGAAUCGUUACAGAAAAAAAACUUUUUGGUGCCAAUCUGGUUUUAAGUCCCUUUAAAAUAAAAAUACUAAUGUAUAUAUGAAUUAAUUAUGCUCCAGGCGUUACAAUUGAACUGUUUAUCAUUUUCCAUCGAUAGCAGUUAACAUAAUGAUUUUAUUUAUCAAUAUGAAAUUGAUUAGGAAAAACCUUAAAAGGAUAAUAUAUUUUAUACAAAAUAAUAUCAAUACAGUGGGGCAUAGGUUGCAAAACAUGUUGUGUUAUUACUUUAAAGCAUUUGUAUGUUUCAUUCAUUUAACUUUAAUGAGCAAAACAAAAAACAACAACAUAUGACUUGUGUACAUAUAAAGUAAUACAUGCAAUAUUUUAGAGCUUUUUAACUGGGAAGCCUGUGGCCACGUAGCUGUUUAUUGAAAAUAAUACAAUUAUAAAGGCUUGUAUUUUUGUCUGUACAUAAAUCAUAUGUUAGUGCCUUUUUACCAUAACGAUCAAAUGAGUUUAACAUUGAUAAUUAUUUUUUCAUAUAUAAUUUUGCCAAUUUAACCAAGUAAUAACGUUUCAUAUAGUGUACCUUCUGUCAAAAAUAGUCACAAAGGGAAAGAAAUACGUGUAUUGUGUCGCACUCACAUAUUAAUAUAUAUAUAUAGUUUUGUGAACUAGUGUGCUACUUGAAGGAAACUGAUUGAUACUGGAAACAUAGAUAUUAAUUGUUUAUUAUUUUUAAAGCAAGAUUUGUCCGGAGCAUUACUAUUUAAAGAAAUAGUUAAAACUAAUGACAUUUAUAAAUGAUAUUGGAAUCGAAUACAACGUAGUCUAUAAUCCAUAGUGAACAAGUUAUCUCCCAUUGAUCUUUUAUUUCCAGUUCUAAAUAUUGCCCAGAGCAUAUUUCAGAAACUAAUAAAAGGUGAAAGGAACUUUUGGAAGAUAUUUUACAAAAAAUGUGACUUUUAGUGUUGUGCCGAUGAUCGAUUAUUAUCGACAAUUGAUCGGAAAUGCCUUUGUCGGAGACAAUCGAUAGUGAAAUUUGAACAAUCGAUUAUAGAAACAAGGGACGUAACCGCUACUGACUUAUUUUCUUUUUCAGGUUUAUGCUUGUAAAUGCUAAAAUGUUAAGGUGUUACUAAGUUAAGUUAUUUAGUCAUAUUCUUAUCAGUGAGUCAGUGUGUUGUUACAUUUUUUAUAAUUUAACUGCUUUGGAUGGAUUGGUUCUCAGCUUCUCAUGAUUGUGGUUUAAAAAUGAU